UGCUGCUCCGUGGGCCGUGUUCCUCGUCCGUGUGAGCCCCUCGCAGCCGGGACCAAGAAGGGCCUCCGCUUGCUUCUGCCUUCCUUAGUUCAACGCGAAGAAGAGAAGAGCAGCAAACGCAGCGACUGGUCCACAGAGAGCGGCUGCUGAUCUAAGGAAGAGCCUGUGGCCUCUCGUCUCCCUCCUGCCUCUCGAGGUCUGGCCACAGGCUGGAUUUCCUGCUCUCGGCUUCAGGAUCAGCACGAGAGAAUCAGGCUCUUGGCUCGUUUUGAUCUGUCCUUUUCACUCAAACCUUUGCAACCGAGAAGCUGAAGCUGUCCCUGCUCCUCCCUGCUCCACCGCCGUUUCUUUUCCCCCAAGCAUGUCAGAAAGCUGGCAGCAGCCGCCGCAGCAACCGCAGCAGGCGCCGCCGCCGCCGCCGCAGCACCACGGCGGCACCGCGGCGCUGCCGGAGCACUCGCUGCCGCCCAGCACUGCCGAGAACGCGCUGGGCUGCGCYGUGUACGGCAUCCUGCUGCAGCCAGAGCCCAGCCUGCAGCACCACCAGCACGCGGCCCUGCAGGCCGGGGAGCCGGCCCACAAAUGCGGCGUGUGCGGCCACGACCUCGCGCACCUCUCCAACCCCCACGAGCACCAGUGCUUGCCGGGCCAUGACCGCUCCUUCCAGUGCACGCAGUGCCUGAAGAUCUUCCACCAGGCCACCGACCUCCUGGAGCACCAGUGCAUCCAAGUGGAGCAGAAGCCUUUUGUGUGCGGCGUGUGCAAGAUGGGCUUUUCCCUCCUCACUUCGCUGGCGCAGCACCACAACGUCCACAACGGCAAUGCCAUGAAGUGCUCUAUCUGCGAGAAGACCUACAAGCCUCCCGAGGCAGAGCCCUCGCAGCCUCUYGAUGCCUCGGAGAAGCCCUACAGCUGCUCCAUCUGCCAGAAGACCUUCAAGCACCUGUCGGAGCUCUCGCGCCACGAGCGCAUCCACACGGGGGAGAAGCCCUACAAGUGCACGCUGUGCGACAAGAGCUUCAGCCAGUCGUCCCACCUGGUGCACCACAAGCGCACGCACAGCUCGGAGCGGCCCUACAAGUGCACGGUGUGCGAGAAGACCUUCAAGCACCGCUCGCACCUGGUGCGCCACAUGUACGCGCACUCGGGGGAGCACCUCUUCAAGUGCAACGUCUGCGAGCUGCACUUCAAGGAGUCCUCGGAGCUGCUGCAGCACCCCUGCACGCCAAGUGGCGAGCGGCCCUUCCGCUGCGGCGAGUGCCAGAAGGCCUUCAAGCGCCCCUCGGACCUGCGGCAGCACGAGCGCACGCACAGCGAGGAGCGGCCCUUCAAGUGCGACCUGUGCCACAUGAGCUUCAAGCAGCAGUACGCGCUCAUGCGCCACCGGCGCACGCACAAGGCCGAGGAGCCCUUCAAGUGCAACCUGUGCGAGAAGGGCUUCGUGCAGCCCUCGCACCUGGUCUACCACCAGCACGUGCACGGCAUCGAGAACCUCUUCAAGUGCAACGUGUGCCAGAAGGGCUUCAACCAGUCCUCGGAGCUGCUGCGGCACAAGUGCGUGCAGAAUGCGGAGCGGCCCUUCAAGUGCGCCGUGUGCAACAAGUCCUACAAGCGCGCCUCGGCCCUGCAGAAGCACCAGCUGGCCCACUGCGCCGAGAAGCCCCUCAAGUGCACGCUCUGUGAGAGACGUUUCUUCUCCUCCUCCGAGUUCGUGCAGCACCGCUGCGACCCGGCCCGCGAGAAGCCCCUCAAGUGCCCCGACUGUGAAAAGCGCUUCAAGUACGCCUCGGACCUGCAGCGGCACCGGCGCGUGCACACGGGCGAGAAGCCCUACAAGUGCCCCUCUUGCGAGAAGGCCUUCAAGCAGCGCGAGCACCUCAACAAGCACCACAGCGUGCACGCCCGGGAGCAGCAGUACAAGUGCAUGUGGUGCGGCGAGCGCUUCCUGGACCUGGGGCUGCUGCAGGAGCACAGCGUGCAGCACACGGCCGAGGGCGCCUACCAGGUGGCUGCCUGCUUGCCCUGAGCCUCGCGCCCGGCAGCAGCUGCCGACUUGCAUGGGACGCUCCUGGGCCUCRGCCUCCCCUUCCUCCUCCUCGCUUGUAGGUGGCCUCCAGGGAAUCGUGGCAGAACGGGGAGGUCAGGCGGGCAGUUGGGGCACCCCUCCGCUGGCCUCUGUGGUUCAUGUGCCACCUGCGUGCCAGGGCUGACAGAUCAUGGGAAAAACUUGAUGGGGAGGGAGAGCGAAGGAGGGAGGUGAGGAGAGGAGGUGACGCCUGUAGUUGCCUAUUGUCCCCUGGACUGUAAUUCACGUUGUAGCAGCAGCUCCGGGGCUGAGAGCUGGCCCAUCUCUGCCCACAUGCCCUUCACACGGGCCCUCUAUCCACUGUSCUGCCUAGCAAGGUGAGGAGGGAGAGCUGGGAGCCCUCCUCGUGGAGAGGGAUCGGGGCAGCGCCAGCCCUCCCCUCUCCCUGGCUGUGCUGCUCAGUGAUGCAGUAGAAGGUUCCCGGGGCUGGGAUCCCCCAGCCCCAUCGCUCCGCGUCCCYUUGAGCAACUCGGGAGGACCCUUUUGGGUCUGUGGUGCUGACUGWCUACCCCGAGCUCCCGUGCUCUCCCCGGAGCCUAGGAAGGGCCAAGCCACGGGGCUGCGCGGGCCCGUGCACACUUUGGCCUCRCUGCUUUGGCAGCGGCGCUCGGCGAGGGUCUCGAGCGAGCCUGCCCAGCGCCCCCCAUGUCUGGCAGUGUGGGCAGCGGCGCAGGGAGGGUCUCCGUGCUGUGCUCCGGGCUUCACUGCCCGCUUUUCUCGAGGCCUGGCUCUGCCCAAGGCUGCCCUGGCAGCCCUCGCCCCUGGCGCUGCUUGCGCCUGCCUCCGGGCGCGCUCAAGUGGGCGGAUGCGGCAGCAGCUCAACACUAACGCGCGAGGCAAACACUACUGCUCCCUGCAGCUUCCGAAAGGAGCUCGGCUGCCGGCACCGCCGACCUGGGGCUCAGGCCUCGCUUGCUGGAGCAAAAGAGUGUCCGGAGCGAGCAGGGAAGGAGCCUUUGUGGCCUACGGGCUCCGCGCCGGGUGAAGGGGAAGGCUGGCAGGAGCUGAGGAAGGAGCAUAUUUUCCCCUCCACUCUUAGGAGAGUCCCUUUCCACCUCUCUGCUCUUUCUUUAUUCUGUAUUUUUUCAGGUUUUGCAAGUUCCCGUAAGCAAACAUCCUCCCCUUUGCGUAAGCGAACGCCGUCCCCUUAGCAAGAUUGGUGCAGCGGCCGGGUCUUCCUCUGCAGAAUUUGUGGUCUUCUCCUGCCCAAGAGCCUUUUACGUGCCAGCUAGAUGCCUUCCAGGUUGCAGGAGCUUAACCAAGUUGCCCCCCAGCCUUCCCUUCUCCAUCUUUGCCGGCCCUCCGUUGAGUUGGGAGCCUCCUGACUCCUUUUGGCUUCUCCAAUAAACGUCCCCAGCAAACGCAGGCAGAUGAACCUCGCGGAGUGUCGGGCUGGGCCUGCUUUGCUCGAUGCGGACGCCGACCCGGCAGCGGGAGGAAGGUUUUUAGUCGCCCUUUCCAGCAGUGCCCGGAGGAGCCGCGUGUUUCCGCAGCCACCUAGCAGCUCAGGGCCCCGUGCGACCCCGCGGCUGGGGCUCCUUCACGUGCAGCUUUAGGGAGUUUAACAUAAACCUCCCUUUCUGCUGCCCGAGGAGGAGGGACCGACACUCAUCUUACUCUACACUGCCUAAAGAUGCAGAACUUCCUACUAAGUUUUUUUCUGACUGCGUUUUUU